AUGACCACCAGGGAAACUCAGGAAGCCGAGACUCGAAGGUGUAGGCUCCGGAGCCUCGAAAAGCACGUGCAUGAGAAAAAGCAAGAGGCGAAUGUGGCGGUGGUUACCAGAGACAGCAAACUUUGCUGCUCUAUACGCUUUGUCCGCCACGCGCCUCCGUUCGUUCACGUCGCGGUUACCGUAAAAUCUCUAUCGAAUCACUUGAGGGUUCCCGUACAUCGCCGAACUCUUUUACUCCGCGAGCCAGAUAGUGUGCGUAUGUGCCGCGUGCUGCAGUUGGCCGCUCCCAGCGCUCUUCCCCACGACUCCCACGACCUAAUUGCAGCUACGGCGCGUGCGCGGGUAACGUUGUGUAGCUACUUUGCCGAGCGCAGCGGAAGUAUACGUUCAAAGGACUUCGCACUCGCAAAGGAGCCGUCGGCGCCAGACGAGGUUCUCCUGCGCUUCCGAGCUCUUAAUCUCGUGGACUUCAAAAACAAACUAUCGACCCACAACAGAGUGGAUGUAACUAUGGCUCAUUGGAUUGAUGGCCAGGAAGCAUUGAACAUGGACCACUCUGGACUUAAUCAGGAAGGGUUCUGUGUCUCUUCUAGCUUGUGUGGACUGAACUCAGAGGAAGGCGAAGAGGCUUCCAUGAACAGUCUAGGUGGUCUUGUGUUUUCUUCAGAAAGAAAUACAGAGGUACAGUUUCAGUUGAAUACACCUGAGAUGGUGGGCAUGUGUGCUGUCUUAAGAAAUCCCACAGAUGACAUCAGUGCUAUUUAUAAAACACCAUCUACAAUACAAAAUGAUGUGCCCACAGGAGAAGCACUAGGCUUGGAUAGGCCUGGCUGUGACAGACAAAGCCCUCUCAACAUCAGUGACACUACUUGUCUACAGCUGCCUUUGGUCAACCCUUACAUGGAGGGUGCCACACCAGCCACCUACCUUUUCCAUAAUUCACCAACUAAAUAUUCCCUGAAUGUUUCCAGGACCUCGCUACCUCAGCAACCCUAUAGUUUGGCCCAGCCACAGCAUUCUCCGGUCUGCUCCCAAACGGAGCACUUUCUCUACCUGCCACCAACUUACCACAUCAAUCCCCACAGCCAAUCAUCCCUGGCUUCACCCAUGAGGCUCUCUACACCUUCAGCCUCCCCAUCUGUGCCACCUCUCGUCUACUGCACAGACAAAAGCCAGCCGUGGAAGAUGACUGUGAUGCCUGGGAACCCUGUUGAUUCCUCUGCUUAUUCUCACAUCCAGCACAGUAAACCCCCUAGGGUAUCCUCUGCCAAGCCAGUUACCAGUGACACAGCUCUCCUGUUUCCCCCUUUGCCUUCGCCUUCACCCCAAAUGCAUCUUCCUUUGGAGCCCACUGCAAACACCUUCGAAUUCCAUAAGCACUACACUAGAGUCUCCAACUUGCCCUCUGCCACCCUGUCGAAGCCAUACAUGACAGAUAGCAGCAAGUUCCCCAUGGCGAGGCUAUCUAAUAGCAAGUAUCCUAAGGCUCCACAAGGGGCCAAAAGUACCCAACCACUUCCUAGGCACUCUCAGCAAACACUGGGUCAAGACAGGAAAAAUGGUAGCUCACCUCUUCUGUUGGAGAAGCAGAUGAUUACCAAAGACAUCACCAGUAAGCCACUGGAAUUGUCUUCUAAAGUGGUAGAUGUUGAUGCUUCCAAAGCUGAGCACAUGAAAAAGAUGACUGCCACAGUUGUUGUUCAUAGCAGAUCUGGAAAUGACUUAGUCUUCUCUGGAAGUGAGAUUCCAAAAGAAACCUUAUCUCCUCCAGAAAACAACUGUGCCAUCUGUGGAUCUGAAAUCAUUAGCAUGGAGCCCUCAUCCUGGGUAAUGUGUGACCCCAGUACAAAGGAACGGAACAGUGGCAAAGGCAUGUUACUGAAAAACAAGACCUUGGAUUUGGCAGUACCACAUCAGCAGAAUUUUUUGUGUCCCCAUAUAAGUGUCACAGAUACCAUUAUCACCAAUGUUUCAAGAUCAGUGUUGAGCACCGGUCAUCCAGCCUUUAUGUUCCCAGUUACAAGUGCUAAUGCAUAUAGCUGCAAGACCAGCAGGAGCUCUGUUGACACCUCUUCAUCUGUAAUUCAGCACAUGGGCCAGCACCAAACCAUGCCUGCCAAGCAUAGCUGUAGCACCAGCAACAACAGUGUCAAAACCAGCAACUCAGAACUGACCUUCAAAGCAAGUGAGAAUGGACUCUCACCAAGCUCAAUAUUUCUUUCUCCAAAUGAGGUCUUCAGGUCCCUACCAAUUCCCCAGUCUAGGAGUUAUUUCCCUUACCCAGCACCUAAGAGCAUUUCUGUAAGUUCCCUACCCUUACAUGGCCAGCAUCCUGUCUCUUCUCACCCAGUUUUGUCCCCCAAUAGCAGCAUCUUUCCUGGGCACCUUGACCCCAGGUAUGAACAACCUUACGGACUACCAACAGGCCAGCCAGACUUUGUAAAACACAAAGACGGACUGGAAUUGGUACAUUCCAUGUUGAUACCUCACACGCCCAUAGAGAUCACAAAAGAGGAGAAACCGGAAAGGAGAUCCUGGUCCCAUGAGAGAGCCUGCUAUGAAGACUCAAACCUUCAGAACCAGUUUUCAGAGAUGUUGGAAGCUAGCAGCACCAGGUUACUUCCAGAUGUCUCCAGUGACAAUAACCUAAAGCCAAACCCCAGCUGGAAUCAAGGGAAAACUGUUGUCAGAAGUGACAAGCCUCUCUAUGUAGACUUCAUCUGGGAAGAGCAAGAUGCUAAAAGAGAUACAAAUGUGUCCAAACACAGCCUUGCAGCUGAGAGUGUUGGUCAGAGCACUGAGCCCACUAAGUCCCCAGCUGAUUUGGCUCUGCAGCCACACUGCAGUUUUAUCUCUCAGAGAGAGGACUUAGGACACAUAAGUGACUUCCGUGAAGCCUAUAGUUUCAAACACUCUCCAAGCCAAUCAGUCUUCAGCUUAAGGAAGGAGAAUGCUCCAGUGGGAACCAACAAAGAGAAUCUGGGGAUGCCACUCUCCACUUCAUUCCUGGAGCCAACCGUGGAGAGUGAUGGUCCUGCUGUAACUUUUGGUAAAACCCAAGAGAAUCCCAAACCAUUUUGUGUAGUUGGUGCCCCACUGACUGUGGACAUCACUCCUACCUGUACCAAAGACAGAGCUGAUGAGGCAGAAUCAAAUGAUGGCAAAGUGGUGAAGCCAAAGCCAUCUAAUCUGACAAAGAGAAUCGCCAGCUCUGCUGGUUACAUUGGUGACAGAUUCAAGUGCGUCACUACUGAACUGUAUGCAGAUUCCAGUCAGCUCAGCCGAGAGCAGCGGGCAUUGCAGGUGAUGGAAGGAUUACAAGAAGAUAGUACUUUAUGUCUACCUGCUGCUCACAAUAAGCGUGCAAUGAUACGUUUCUCAGAGCUGGAGAUGAAAGAGACAACAGGUGGCCACUCAGCAACCAAAGACUCUGAAGUACGUAAAUUCAGCCCUGUUAUCUGGGCAAGGCCGCAAGGUAAUCAGAACAAAAAGCAGAAGUCAGUGGCCCUGGAGAAAGAAAUUGCUAACCAGAAUGACAAUGAAAGAGGCAAGUGUAGUGCUGGAAACAAACACAACCCAUUGGAAGUCCCAGAGGACAAAGACCUGCCUGUGGAGAAGUACUUCAUGGAUAGACAGCCUUUGAGCAAGCCAACUGCUGAGCACAUGGUCCCAGAUAUGCUGCAUUGGCUAGACAGAAAGCACUGUGUCUCAGAUGAGAGUACCCACACUGAGACCACUAUAGAACAGCUGCCAGAGAAACCUCUUCUGAAAGCCAAGCGGAAAAGGGUCUCCAAAAGGCUCCAUCCUAAAAAACAACGCCACUUGCACCGUAGAGAACAGUCCAAGCAGCAGAGAUCAGCAACAGAGAACAAACCUAGUUGGAAGGGCAGAAAGGAAAUGACCCAGGCAGUUUGGCCUGAGGUCACUUCCCGGGACAAUAAUAUCUCCAAAGAUAGACAAGGACAAGACAGGACAAGGGCAGAGGCCAAAGGCAACAGAAGCUGGUUGGAAGACUCUCUAACGUCCGGUGAAAAUGAACAAGGCUUUUCAGUAUUCUCUAGUUCUCUUUCCAUGAAGACUCUUUCAUCCGCCAGUGCAAGGAGCAAAGAGGGGGCUCAGCCAAACUACAUAUCAGCCUUCAGCUUGCAUACCGAACAUCAGAAAAUUAAAGAAAGCCAGAAUACAGAUAUACUUUGCACAAAUGACAAAUAUGAUUCUCAGGCUGCCUCUCCGCUGCAGCAAUACACUGACAACAGUGAGAAACCAUCUGGGAAGAGACUGCGCAAAACCAAACAUUUGAUUCCUCAGGAGCCCAGGCAGGGCCUAUUAAUGAGGAAUUACUGCAUCAAGAAUGCUGAUGGCAAGGUCACCAUGCAGAGAUUGAGAAAGCAGCCUGAGCCCAGUUUUGACUGUGAUCUGUCACCAGUCAAGCAGGACAACAAGCCAUCUGACUGUUUGCAAGAACUACGAGGACCUUCUCAGUCCUUAAAGCUCCCACACUCAAGCACCCCUCCAGAGACCACCCAGUCCUGCCCAGUGCCCCCAGAAGCACGGAGACUUAUUGUCAAUAAGAACACUGGUGAGACCCUCCUGCAGCGUGCCUCCCGUCUUGGCUACGAGGAAUGGGUCUUGUACUGCCUGGAAAACAAAAUAUGUGAUGUGAAUCAUCAAGACAAUGCAGGUUACUGUGCCCUGCAUGAAGCUUGUGCAGGAGGAUGGCUCCGCAUUGUUCGACAGCUGCUUAAAUAUGGUGCUGAUGUCAACUGCAGUGCCCAGGAUGGAACAAGGCCUCUGCAUGAUGCAGUUGAGAAUGAUCACUUGGAAAUUGUCCGCCUGCUUCUCUCCUAUGGUGCUGACCCUACUUUGGCUACAUACUCAGAUAGAACCAUUAUGAAAAUGACUCACAGCGAUGUUAUGGAAAGGUUUCUGGCAGAUUAUUUAAAUGACCUCCAGGGUCACAGAGAUGAAUUUAAUAGCCCUUGGGAGUUCUAUGGAAGCUGUGUGUGUGAACCAGAUCAUGAAACUGGAUUUAAUGUUUUGGCAAACCCUCCAGGACCAGAGGUCCAGGAUGAUGAAGAUGUGUUUGAAUUCGAAUUUUCAGAUAGCCCCCUAAUCCCAUGUUACAACAUCCAAGUUUCCGUUUCUCAAGGGCCACGAAACUGGUUACUGCUUUCAGAUGUACUUAAAAAAUUAGAAAUGUCAUCCCACAUAUUCCGUUGCAGUUUUCCCAAUGUGGAAAUUGUCACAAUUGCAGAAGGAGAGUUUUACAAGCAGGUUUCAGCAAGUCUCUUGUUCUCUUGUUCCAAAGACCUGGAAGCCUUCAACCCAAAAAGCAAGGAAUUAUUAGACUUGGUUGAAGUUACAAAUGAACUUCAGACUAUCCUUGGCUCUUCUUUGGAAUGCUUAAAUCCAAGUGAUAUGACCUUAGAGAAGGACUACUGGUAA